AUGAUGAGGUCCUCACUACUCGGCUCACUUGACGUUCCAGUCUCGCUCGCCGGGCUGCUGGCGAGCGUCGCCAUCGCAAGCGCGGCCAUCUACAUCAUCUACCAGCGGUACUUCCACCCCUUGGCCGCGUAUCCGGGCCCUUUUUGGGCGUCCAUCACGGAUCUCUGGCAGGUAAACGAGUUCCUGUCGCUGAGACAGCCCUACAACUUGGCGGACCUCCACCAGAGAUACGGCGAGUUCGUGCGCUACGGCCCGGACAAGCUGAGCAUCACCGCCGAGGAGGUCGUUCCUUUGGUGUACCAGAAGGGCGGCCAGCGGUUGCCCAAGACCGAAUACUACGAUGCGUUUGGGUCGAAGACGCCCAACGUGUUUGGGAUGAGAUCGCCCGAGCUGCACUCCAUCCGCCGGCGUCACAUGUCGCACAGCUUCUCCAUGACAAGCGUCAAGGGCAUGGAGCAGUACCUGGACGAGAACAUCACCCUCUUGCGCGAGAAGAUCGCGAGGCUCUCCAAGGAAGGGAGACCAUUCGACCUGAAAAGGCUGCUUCACUUCUAUACCAUCGACGUCCUCGGGGAGCUAGCCUUCAGCCGCUCCUUCGGCGUCCAGCUCUCCGGCGACGAAUCUCGCGUGCCGCCGGUCAUCCCGCACACCCUCCUCGGAUCGACGCUGGGGUCCUGGCCGGCCAUGACGCAGACUCUCAAGCAGUGGCUACCGAGGGUGCCGCUCCAAGGGCUGCAAGCUCUGUUCCGGGGCAGGGCGAAAUGCGCGGGUAUGGCGGCCGACUGUGUUCGGCGACGGCUUGAGGAAGUUGAGCAGGAUGAGCAAAAGGGGAAGAUCCAGAGGAAGGACAUCUUGACGAACCUCAUCCUCGCAAGGCACCCCGAGACGGGGGAGAAGAUUGCGUCGAAGGACCUCGAGGCGGAGGCGUUUGGGAUGAUCAUUGCUGGGACGCACACGACGAGCGCCACUGCCACGCUGCUCUUCUGGAACCUGCUGCACAACCCGGAAGCCCUAAGGAAGUGUGUUGACGAGGUUGACGAUAGCCUGACGUCACUGGACAACGGCAAAGAGGCCUACUCGAUCGCCGAGGUCGAGAACUCGUUGCCGUUCCUGCGAUCGUGCGUCAAGGAGAACUACCGGCUGACCCCCGUGUUCACCAUGCCCCUGGCGAGACGCGUGACUUCUCCCGAGGGCAUCAUCGUUGCCGGCCGACACAUCAAGCAAGGGACAUCAGUUGCCGUAUGCAACCACUCGUUUCACCACAACCCGCGGGUCUGGGGCGACGACCACGACGUGUUCGACCCGGCUCGAUGGGACCAGCCCGAGACCGCCGCGCGCGGACGCUUCCUCAUGCACUUUGGCCUCGGGGCCCGUCAGUGUCUCGGUAAGACGCUGGCGCAGUCCAACAUCUACAAGCUCGCCAGCACCCUGCUGCGAGACUUUGACUUCCGGCUUGCCGACCCGGUGGAAGAGGGCCAGGUGGCGAGGGGCCAGUUCCGCGGGAAGCUGCCGCAGAUGAUCAGCGUGGGCGUGAGCGACCUGAAGGGCCCGUUGAUGGUUAUCGCCAGACCGAGGACUGCAGACGAUGCGGUGUAA